CGUCACUUUAGUUGUUUAGAGAAUCCGGAAGUAAACGCAGGGAUAUUACAACAAACAGACAGAGAGGACAGCAACUGUUUCAAACGCAAGAGCUCGACAAAAAGACAUCUGAAUCCUAUUUGGACCGUCAAUCUCGGCAUUCAUUUAACAGGAGCCAGCAACAGAACCGGAACGCUAUGUCGAACAUGGAAAAGAAUUUGUUUAACCUCAAGUUUGCAGCAAAAGAACUUCAGCGGAGCUCUAAGAAAUGCGACAAAGAGGAGAAGGCAGAGAAGGCCAAGGUGAAGAAGGCGAUCCAGAAAGGCAAUACGGAGGUUGCACGAAUACAUGCAGAAAACGCCAUCCGCCAGAAGAACCAAUCAGUGAACUUCCUCAGAAUGAGUGCCAGAGUGGAUGCAGUGGCUGCCCGAGUACAGACAGCAGUCACAAUGAACAAGGUCACCAAGUCCAUGGCUGGUGUGGUGAAAGGAAUGGAUGCAACCCUGAAGAGCAUGAACCUUGAGAAGAUUUCUGGCCUGAUGGAUAAGUUUGAGCGACAGUUUGAAACUCUGGAUGUACAGACAGCUCAGAUGGAGGACACGAUGAGCAGCACCACAACACUGACCACACCACAGGGUCAAGUCGAUUCUCUCAUGUUGGAAAUGGCAGAUGAGGCUGGGUUGGACCUCAAUAUGGAGCUUCCUCAAGGUCAGAUGGGAUCAGUGGGAACAAGUGUAGCAUCUGCAGAACAGGAUGAGCUCUCUCAAAGACUGGCUAAACUCCGAGACCAGGUGUAAGAAGAAACGGCUGUGGUUGUGUGCGUGUAUGUGUGAUUGUGUGUGCACGUGUCUGGGUGUGAGAAACUCGCUCCUGGAAGAAAUGGCCUCAUUAUUCUGUAAGUGUAAUGCAUUCGAGUGUGUGUGUGUGUGUGUGUGUGUGAGCUUUCCUUAUCUACGCAAACAUGCUGAAACCAAACUCUUAACAACUGGUAUGCAGUACCACUGCUGUCAUUAGAGUAGUCUUGGGGCCUUGCUGUAUGUUUUCAGUACCUAAUAAAUUACAUUUAGUAGUGGUUGACCGAUAUAUCGCUGAGGCCAAUAUUCAGAAUUUUUUAAUUAUCAGCAAUGGCCGAUAAAUUUGUUCCUUAAGUGCACUGAGAAUCGCCUGCUUGCAUGUGAAGCGACAGAGACAUGUAAACAACCGGCUCGUUUUGUUAUGUGCCAUCGUGUUACAAUAACCGGUGUGCAACAAUCUCAUUUAAACGGUUCGCAUAUCAGAGCUGCUGCAGACACCUUUGAGUUCAUAAUGUUAAAGUUCUCACCUGUUUCAUUAUCCCUCUCUCUCCUCAACCGUUCCCUGUAACUUUUAACUGUCUUGUCUAAUGAUAAAAAGGCAAAUGUGAUAAAAAGGCAAAUGUCAAUAAAACUAAUAUCGUAUAGCCUACCAUCUGCAAAUCUGUUUAAACAGAUGUAAUUCACGAACAUCACAAAAAUCCAGUAUUUUCUUCCUAUCAAGCACUCAUCUAAUAUGUUCCUAAUAUUAUAUCAGCCAGAAUCAAAACUUCAGGAUCAGAAUCAAAAGUUCCUCUGAUUCACAUAUCAUGACGGUCAGUUCGUGACAAUCCAAAAAGGUGAUACAGGCCAUUUAAACUGUCAGAAGAUUGCUGCUCGCUCUGGAUCUGCACAUGUUUGCAACUUCAAAGUAAAAGCGAUUCACGUAUGCUAUAAGGAAAUGUCUUAUUCACUAUGCUCCAUAUGUACAAUUGCACAAUCGCACAUGCCAUCCAUGGUUGCUGGACUACUGUGUGUACUGUUAUUUCCUUCUUCCUACUAUAUUAACAAUUAAUUAAUGUGCAAAUAAAUGACAAAAAUUUGAUGACUAAAGAGAAAUCAACUGCUAUCUACCAAUUUAAAUACAAUAUUACUUUAUAUUUUAAUAUUAUUAUAAGUUAGUUUAGUGUGACAUUGAGUAAAUAUAGUGCAAAAGAGUUAAUUCAUUUUGUAGCAAUCUUAUGUUAGUUAAACAUAAUUAAAUUGUGUGAUAUAUUGGCAUUGUAUCGGCCACCCUGCUCUCUGGAUAUCGCCAUCGGCCAUUAAAAAAAACCCAUAUCGGUUGAUCACUAAUAUUGAGUGUAAUAUUUCGUAGUAAUUGUAAAUUCUAUGUACUUCCAUAUUUUAAAUACCUGCUUGUUGUUUCUGAAAUACAUUUGAUGCAAAUGUGGCUACAUUUAUCUACCCCAGCAUUGGUAUCAGAUGCAUAUGUUGGUAAAAUUGGGAUUUAUUUUUCUUCCUGCUACACGUACGUUUUUGUCUAAAUGCUUUAAUAAUUUGUGUGAAAUUGUUACCUAAAAUGCAUAUCAUAAAAGACAGUUUAAAUAAAAUAUUCUCAUUGUCUUGAGGUAGUAAAAUUGGACAUGUCUAGCCAAAUCAUUUGUGUCUAUAGUCUAUACUUUCUGAAUAAACAGCACCUCUUUAUUUUCAAUGGGUUUUGUUUUUGUAAAACCAUAAUAAAAUAAAAAACGGCCUUUGGCAAUGUACGGCUCUAUACACUUGGUAAUAUAUGAACAAUAUGUGAACAUAUGUGUAUAUAAAUAAACAUUUUGCAA